AGUCGACAUGCGGCGCGCGAGGAGCGUCACGGGGCCCUUGCGGCGCGCCCACCCCGCUUCGGGGGCCACCUGGAAUGUCCAGGUGGUGCGGGGUAAGAUGUCAUCGCAGUGUUUGUGGCACGCUUGCCGCGCGCUCUCCGCGGGCUUACUGUUGAUGCUGCUCGGAGCUGCUAUGGCUGUCAUAGGAUAUUACGCAGAGACACUGUCGGUGGCAGAGGAAGUACGAGGAAAUGCCACGAUCUCAGUCAAAGACGAGACUCGAGGUUUCCAUCUUAACAACCUUUCAUAUGCAGGACCUAUUGUUAUGGGAUUUGGAGGAUUCAUCGUAGUAGCGGCAUGCGUGAUGACAUUUGAGGCCCGUGACAGCGCCGCCAAAGUGACGCCUGCGCGGCCGCAAUCCAUGCCUCGACCGGUAGCGCGGCGCGGUCCCGGUUGUGCUGCGCCCGCGCGCCUCGACCAGCUCGGUGUGUACCGACUGCCGCACGUAUUGCCGCUGCCGCAUGCCUUGCCACUAGCUCCCAUACACAGGCACCGACCGCCACACGCUCUCAGAAGCGGAGAUGAAAGAGUGAAAGGCCGCGCGCGUUUCGGCUCGGCGCCGGAUCUACGGGCGGUGGGCAGCGCACGCGCUGCUCUUCCUGCGUCUGCGCUCCGACGCCCGCUGCGACGCUACGCUCUCUCCGUAGACGAACCUCCGCAUUCCGCUGUCAGUGCAAGCGCAGCGGAGUCUGAAUGCGGUUCUCAGUCCUCGCUGGCGAUGGACCUGCACGGCAGCGGCGCGUGCGCAGGCGUCACUCUUCGUGUGAGGGACAACACACGCCGCCGCCCACUCGCACGGCAGCAGCGCCUUAGAGAGGACAUAAUGCAUCCCACCCCGGGAGAGAGUACCAGCAAUGUAAACAACAUACAAGAUUCUGAAAUAACAAGGCAAAUUGAAAAGCCACAAGAUUCAGUGGAGAUGGUCCACCUAUCCGCUGAGCAUGAAGUGCGCGCGAGCAGCGCUCCGCCGCCUCGCGGGAUUGCGUCCCCGCCGCCAUCCCCGAAAAUCCUCGUCACUCCCAGCACUUACACGCCAUCACCGUCUUCACCUAACCCUUCAGAGACACGGAUACUCAUAGAACAUACUGUAGAAGAAUCCGAGGAACCUCCGCCGCCUGACGAAUGA